GUUUAUAUGGUGUGUGUGUGUGUUUGAGGCUGGAGAUCAGCUGAGCAGUGUGUUAGUGGGUCUGCAGGCUGAGAAGGAUGUUCUGCUGCGCUCAGUGAAGGAUCAGGAGUCUGACAUCAUGAGUCUCCGUCAGACACUCCAGAACCAGCAGAGCAGUCUCCAGCAGGAGAGAGAGAAACACCAGAGGGAGAGCGCAGAGCUGCACACACACCUGCAGAGCAAGGCGUGUCGAGAGCAGGAGCUGCUGCUGGAGAUUGAGCGACUGAAGCGAGAGCUGGAGGAGACACGAGCGGAGCUGAUGAGGGCCCAGAGUGCUCUAAACAACAAAGCAUCUGCUGGAGAUCAGCUGAGCAGUGUGUUAGUGGGUCUGCAGGCUGAGAAGGAUGUUCUGCUGCGCUCAGUGAAGGAUCAGGAGUCUGAGAUCAUGAGUCUCCGUCAGACACUCCAGAACCAGCAGAGCGGUCUCCAGCAGGAGAGAGAGAAACACCAGAGGGAGAGCGCAGAGCUGCACACACACCUGCAGAGCAAGGUGAGUCAGGACUCAGGUGUGUGGCAGCAGAAGCUCCAGGAUGAGCAGUUCAGUCUCCUGCAGUGUGCGGUGGUGGAGGCCGAGGGCAUCGUUCUGGACGCAGUGGCCAAAGUGGACGAUCCUCUGCACGUGCGCUGCAUCAGCACUCCAGAUUACCUGAUCAAUCGUGCCGAGCUCACGCUGGCCUCUGUUGAUAAGAUGCAGCGCAGUCAUGCGGCCUACAUCAGGAACAUGGACGAUGCCAGUGGUUUGUUGAGGUCGGUCACCCAGUUUUCUCAUCUCAUCGCGGACACUAUAGUGAACGGAGCAGGAGCCGCUCAUUCAGCCCCGACCGACCAGGCAGACCGUUUGACGGAUAACUGCCGUGACUGCGCCACUCACUGUCUGCAGUACCUGAAGGAGCUGAAGCUGAAGGCCACGCUGCCCAGAGCAGACCCCACCGCUGUCAGAUGCGUCCUGCAGCGCAUCCUGCACCAGGGACAGGAUCUUCGUCCGAGAGCAGCAGACGUGCGUCAGGAGGAGCUGGCUGAUAUGGUGGAUAAGGAGAUGUCUGCCACCUCCUCUGCUAUUGAAGACGCGGUGCUGAGAAUGGAGGAAAUACUGAACCAGACGAGAAGAGAAACGACUGGAGUCAAGCUGGAGGUCAACCAGAGGUCAGUUUGGGGAAUCAGUUAGUAAUCCAACAUGAACAAAUAUUAUAGAACAACAACAAAUCAGAAAGAGUUGA